UUGGAAUUCCGAUAAUGCGACAGCCUGUUGGAGGCAGAGCUGAAGGGAAGCCGGAGGGAGAGACCCACGCGGAAGGGAGCCUUUCCUUUCUGCCCCUGUUUCCUGGCCUAACGAGAUGGAGCUAGAAUAACCACGAGGAUCUGGGAGUAGACGGAUGGACCGCAUGACGGAGGACGCUCUGCGCCUGAACCUCUUGAAGCGCACCCUGGACCAGGCGGACGAGCGGGAUGACGUGCUGGCCAAGCGGCUCAAGAUGGAGGGCCACGAGGCCAUGGAGCGCCUCAAGAUGCUGGCCUUGCUCAAGCGGAAGGACCUGGCCGGCAUCGAGGUGCCCCACGAGCUGCCGGUCAAGCAGGACAGCCUGAAAGUCUACGAGGAGAAGCUCAACGGCAACCUGCGGCCUCACGCCGACAGCCGGUCUUCGGGGAGGCCGGGAAAGGAGAACAUCAACGACGAGCCGGUGGACAUGAGUGCGAAAAGAAGCGAUCAGGACCGGGGCCAACUCACUCCCUCGCCAGACAUCAUCGUCCUUUCUGACAACGAGGCCUCGAGCCCUCGUUCCGGCUCCCGCAUGGAAGAGAGAGUCAAGGCGGCCAAUCUGGAGAUGUUCAAGGGGAAAGGCCUGGAAGAGCGGCAGCAGCUGAUCAAACAGCUCCGGGAUGAGCUCAGGUUGGAAGAGGCCCGGCUGGUGCUGCUGAAGAAACUCCGACAAAGUCAGCUGCAGAAGGAGAACGUGGUGCAGAAGGCCCCCGUUGUCCAGAACGCAGCCUCCAUCGUCCAGCCGUCUCCUGCCCACGCCGGACAGCAGGCUCUGUCUAAAUUUCCCUCGCGGCCUGGAGCUCAAGGGGUGGAGCCCCAAAACCUCCGGACAUUACAGGGUCACAGCGUCAUCCGGUCCGCCAGCAACACCACACUCCCCCACAUGCUUAUGUCCCAGCGAGUCAUUGCGCCGAACCCCACCCAGCUCCAAGGGCAGCGCAUCCCCCCGAAACCGGGCCUCAUCCGCACCACCACCCCGAGCAUGAGCCCCGCCAUCAGCUACCAGCCGCAGUCCGGCUCGGCGGUCCCCUGCCAGCCGCGUACCACCUCCUCUGCCAUUUACAUGAACCUGGCCUCCCACAUCCAGCCGGGCACCGUGAACCGAGUGUCGUCGCCCCUGCCCAGCCCCAGCACGCUCAACGACGCGGCCAACUCCCAGGCCGCCGCCAAGCUCGCCUUGCGCAAGCAACUGGAAAAGACCCUCCUGGAAAUCCCGCCCCCCAAGCCCCCGGCCCCCUUGCUCCACUUCCUGCCCAGCGCCGCCAACAGUGAGUUCAUCUACAUGGUGGGGCUGGAAGAGGUGGUGCAGAGCGUCAUCGACAGCCAAGGCAAAGGCUGCGCCUCCCUCUUACGGGUGGACCCCUUCGUUUGCGCCCAGUGCCGCACGGACUUCACCCCGCACUGGAAGCAGGAGAAGAACGGGAAGAUCCUGUGCGAGCAGUGCAUGACCUCCAACCAGAAGAAGGCGCUCAAGGCCGAGCACACUAACCGGCUGAAGAACGCCUUCGUCAAAGCUCUGCAGCAGGAACAGGAGAUCGAGCAGCGGCUGCAGCAGCAGGCGGCCUUGUCCCCCACCGCCGCUCCCGCCAGCGUGUCCAACGUCAGCAAACAGGAGAACAUCAUGCGACACCACACACUCCGCCAGGCGCCCCAACCGCAGAGCACCCUUCAGCGCGGCAUCCCCACUUCGGCCCGCUCCAUGCUGUCCACCUUCGCGCAGGCCCCCCAGCUCUCCGUGGCGGGCGGCCUCCUCGGCAUGCCAGGAGUCAACAUCGCCUACCUGAACGCCGGGAUCGGGGGCCACAAAGCGUCGAGCCUGGCGGACCGGCAGCGGGAGUAUCUUUUAGACAUGAUCCCUCCUCGCUCUAUAUCUCUCCAUCGGCCUGGCGUGAUCCUCCUCGAUCCAGAGGAUCUGUGGGCAUCCCCUUCGCCUCCCCAGAGGACGUUGCUGGAAACGGAACAGUAG